AUGGCGGAGAAGCCCGAGGAGCCCGUCGCCGGAGAUGCUGGCUCCGCCGAGUGGUGGCUGUCACAGGCCCGCGAACUUGUUCCCACUGCACUCCAGAGGGCGAGGGAGGCGAGGGGCUUCGGCGGACGGUGGAGGGUGAUAACCUCCAUGGUCGAGCGCCUCCCCGCUUGCCUCUCUGACCUCUCCAGCCACCCCUGCUUCGCCAAGAUCGCUCUGUGCCGGGAGCAGCUUCAGUCCGUCUGCGCCACCCUGGGGGAGGUGAUCGAGCUGGCCGGACGCCACGGCGGCGCAGCUGACGACCCUCCGCGCGUCGUCGGCAAGUUGCAGAUGCAGAGCGACCUCGACUCCCUCUCGAGCAAGUUGGAGCUGAAUCUGAGGGACUGCAAACUUCUCGUAAAGACCGGCGUCCUCGGAGAAUUCACCCUCCUCCCGGCGACGGAGCUGGGGACGCCGGCGGAGCCCGACGUGCGGGAACUGCUGGCCAGACUCCACAUUGGCCGCGCGGAGGCGAAGCAUCGCGCCGUGGAGGGCCUGCUAGAGGCGGCGACCGCCGACGAUAAGAGUGUCACCGCCGUGCUCAUCCGCAGCAACGCGGCGGCCCUGAUACAGCUCCUGUCCCCCGCCGUUCCUACCCUGAUCAGGGAGAAGACGGCGGCGGUGAUCUGCCUGCUGGCGGAGUCGGGGAGCUCCGGGGAGCUGCUGGUCUCGGAAGGGGUGAUCCCGCCGCUGAUCAGGAUGGCGGAGUCGGGGGGCGGCGGCCGCGUCUGCAGAGAGAAGGCGGUGAUCUCGCUCCAGCGACUUUCCGCGUCGACCGCCGCCGCGCGCUCCAUCGUCGGGUACGGUGGCGCCGCCCCGCUGAUGGAGAUCUGCGGGACGGCGGGGAACUCCGUCUCCCAGGUGGUGGCGGCUGCCGGCGCUCUGAAGAACCUCUCCGCCGUCUCCGAGUUGCGGCAUGAUCUCGCCCGGGGAGGUCUGAUCGGAGCGAUGCUCGACCUUCUCCGCCGUGGCACGGUUCCGCACGCCAAAGAGUACGCCGCCGAGUGCCUGCAACACCUCACCGCCGGCAACGACGCCCUCAGGAGAGCCGUCGCGGCGGAGGGCGGAGUCGGGUGUCUGUUGGCCUUCCUCGACUCGCCGUCGCCGCCGGAGCCUGCCGCCGUCGGGGCCCUAAGAAACCUGGUCGGGCUGGUCCCCCCGGGGGAGCUCAUCUCCCUAGCCCUGCUCCCGCGGCUGGCCCACGUUCUGCGGGUUGGCUCCCCGGCGGCGCAGCAGGCCGCCGCCGCCGCCCUCUGCGAGGUCUCCAGCUCCUCCCCAGAGAUGAAGAGGUUCGCGGGGGAAGCCGGCUGCAUCUCCCUCCUGGUCCCCAUGUUGGGUUCCAAGACCGGUGAAGCGAGGGAGGCCGCCGCGCAGGCCAUGGCUAGCCUGAUGGCGCACCUCCCCAAUGCCAGGGGGUUGAAGAAGGACCCCCGGAGCGUGCCGAGCCUGGUGCGUCUGCUCGACCCAGCACCGCCGAACACGGCGGCGAAGCACGCCGUCGCCUGCCUCCUGGCGCUCUCCUCCGCCAGCAAGCGGUCCAGGAAGGCGAUGGCUUCUCAUGGCGCCAUCGGCUACCUAAAGAGGCACUCCGAGAUGGACGUCCCCGGCUCAAAGAGGCUCCUCCACCGGCUUCAGCGCGGGAAGCUGCCGACCCUAUUCCGUCCCCACCCACCAACGUAG